AUGAAUUCAAUGAACCAUCCUGAGGCCGCCCAGGUCCUCUCCCAGGCCUCAUCGCAGCAAGCUCUGUCUCCCACAACCAGAGAAAGGAAACGCCGCCAUUUUAAGUGGCCUGUUCUCUGUGCGCAUCUCGUUUAUGAUCUUUCGUCUCCGGUAUUUUCAGCAGCAGAGAUUGAAAUGGUCUUCAGCGCACCGUCCGCAGAAGAAGAAAAUAAGACACCAAGUUCUCGAGGGAAUGGCUGGGGGUCAUUCUUGAAUAGCCGAAUGGAGCAUAUCACAAAUCGCCCCGCCUGUCAAAAACCGACAGCGAUCUGCGUCGGGGAAUAUAGUUCCGCGUCUGUUGCCCACCCCUGCGAAGUUCACGGAGUGGGACAGAUAUUUCAUGGUUGGGACGAUCACCCGUCGGUCAAGAAAUUCAAGCAAAUGAUUGCUUCCACACCGGUCAUCAAACCCUCAGGAAACGGCCCGGCUGAUAUUCUCAAGGGUUAUCUUGACGAGUACGACGGAAAUCGAUCACCAUUAGAUGUCACUUGGGUCUUAAAAUUCCUGUUAAUGCCGGUUAAGAAAGCGACCCAAGGGGAAGAGGGCAAGUGGUGGGAGUCGGAAGACUGGCAAGAUCUCUGUAAGCCAAAGGUUAUCUCAGAGAAAGACUUCAGACCGGUGGCCCUCAUAUGCGUUAGGGACGAUGGAUUCAAGAAGGAUGAGCUCUCUAGAAAGCUUAUUGAGUUCGGAAAGCUGUUUUCUGUCGAAGUUAUGGUUGUUUCGAGUCUUGGGUGA